GAUUAUUUUUUUUUAAGCCAGUGUAUUAAAGCCAGUUUAUAGCUAUUUGUUUCUCAGUGGUUUUAGCCCUAAAGGAAAGGAGAGAAACUUGCGCUUGGAGGUGGUUCAGAGCCCUAGACACUCUUCUUGAACCUGAGAAUGACGGCCACUUAGUCACUAAAUUAUGGUCCUAAAUUUGGCAAACCUUUCAAGGCAUAGAUGUGUGAGCCCCACUGAGUGUAUGGAUGUCUGUGAUUUCCUUGUCAUCUUUCCCUUCAUUACUUUUAGGAAAAGAUACGUCAGAAUAUCUAACUCUCUGCUCCCGUGCUGUCAGUUUACCAAAGACUGAAAAGAGAAGAGAAAAAAAAAUUUUUUUUUAAUCUGAGGAGGUUAAUGGUUCACAAGUUGGCCUGUUCUUUUUGGUCACAGCCAUUUGAUGGCUUACAUCGGGCAUGUUACACAUUGGUUGCUAAGGAAUUGGAAUUUUCUUUCAAUUCAGGACCCCUUUGUGACGGUGCCUGCAGCAGAUGAAAAAUCAGAUUGUCAGCAAAAGUACAAAGAUGGUAUCACAGUCACAGAACCUCUAGUUUGCUCAACGGUGUAGCCCAGUCCCGUCAUCUACCAGGAGGUUUUGUCUCUGUGCAGGGCAGUGGCUGCGUGUGGAGGGAUCUUCUGGUAUACUGGAAGGAAUUGGGAAAGCUCUUUGCUCUGCUAAUUUCGUGGUGUAAAUGAGUUCCCCUUCUCCUGAAACAUUAGCCUUGUGUUAGCAAAACAUAAAAUAGAAGGGAACUCAUUACACACUGUUCUAAUUGUAAGGCAGAACUAAUAAGAGAAUGUGUUUAAAAUUAAUUGUAGGACUGUAAAAAUGAGUGGGUGUGUGAAUGGGCAUGGGGGGAGGAGAGGGAGAGCUUCGAGAUGGUCUUGUUUUCCCAGGAGCCAGCCUGGAUCAUUUGUUGGCAGUACAUAUUGGCUGAAGUCAGUUUUCAUUUCAAGAUGUUUUCUUCCAAUGGGCUUUGGGUGUAGGAUGUUGGAAAACCAAGAGCUGGAGGAGGUGAUUACUGUGCGUGUUCAGGACCCCCGCGUGCAGAAUGAGGGCUCCUGGAAUUCUUAUGUGGAUUAUAAGAUCUUUCUCCACACCAACAGCAAGGCCUUCACUGCCAAAACGUCCUGUGUGCGUCGCCGCUACCGUGAGUUCGUGUGGCUGAGAAAGCAGCUCCAGAGAAAUGCUGGUUUGGUGCCUGUACCUGAACUUCCUGGGAAGUCAACCUUCUUUGGCAGCUCUGAUGAGUUCAUUGAGAAGCGGCGACAAGGUCUGCAGCACUUUCUGGAAAAGGUCCUGCAGAGUGUGGUCCUUCUCUCAGACAGCCAGUUACACCUCUUCCUACAAAGCCAGCUCUCGGUGCCCGAGAUAGAAGCCUGCGUCCAGGGCCGAAGCCCCAUGACCGUGUCUGACGCCAUUCUCCACUACGCUAUGUCCAACUGUGGCUGGGUCCAGGAAGAGAGGCAGGGCUCCUCUCACCUGGCUAAAGGAGACCAGCCAAAGAGUUGCUGCUUUCUUCCAAGAUCCGGCAGGAGGAGCUCUCCCUCACCACCUCCCAGGGAGGAAAAGGACCAUUUCGAGGUGUGGGCUCCCGUUGUUGACUCUGAAGCUCCUUCCUUGGAAAGCCCCCCUCUCCUUCCCUCCCCCUCGCCAUCAUGCUGUGAUUUUGCAAGACCUGUCGAGGACGCCUCUGCUCCUCAGCCUGUGAGGAGGGCCGUGGGAGGGGACUGUGCCGUGCCUUUGGACCCUGGGCAGUUAGAAACGGUUUUAGGAAAAUGAGCUCUGGUCCGAGCGCUGGGUUCUGCCCGGAGGCGGCAGAGAAGAUGCCGGCAAGGAGGCUUGCUGGGGUGGGAAAGGGGCACAGGGUAGGUGUUGGGGAGUCUGGGCCACUUACUGUCUUAUGGUCACCUCUGCUCAGGUUGGUGGCAUAGAGGUCGGUCACCACAACUCCUCAAGCUUCCUCCGUGGGAUUAAACACUGGACGGUUUUAAGUUAGGCAUAAGGCCCACCAUGGGCUGUUGGUUUUACACAGAAAUACGUGGUGUGUUUACUCUCCUGGGAGCUGAAUUGCUUUAGAUGUUUGUUAAUGGGCGCGGGAGCAUUGCCUCAGGUUGACUGGUUUGGGGGGACCUGGAAGUGACCGCUUUUAAGCUGUCCUGUUGAAUACUGACCGGAUGGAAAUGGUUGUGUAAUCGUAUUCCCACUGGCGGGCUUCUUGCUGCGGCCCUUAGAGCACUUUGUUUCCGGGAGGCUGGCCUCUUGCCUCCCUCCUUUCGUGGCCAGGGUGGUGAGUGUUUGUUCUCCCACCUCCUUGCUUCUCCUUCUUGAACACCACUGAACCCACCGGUGCUGUGACUCCCGUGGCUGGGGGUUCCCGCCUCUCCCCAGCCCUCAGUCUGGCUGUGAGGGGCCCUAGACCCAUGACCUCACUCACGGCCGGCCCUGGAAGAGACCCCAGGAAGCCAGAGGAAAGGCAACAGUUUCAGGGGCUUUGUUUUAGAAAAGGCUGUCUCGGGCUGUCACCUUCUCCUCUGGCUGUAAAGCCCAGAUGUGACAAUCUUUUCUGCAGGGCUGGCAUGGGCUCCUUUCUUUUUUGAAUCCUUCUCUUCUCCCUUAGUAACAGCCCCCUGCCCCCAGGGCUUCAGCUCCCACAGUGUCCCUCUGCUGUGUGGCAGGGAGGCCGUCUGUUCAGUCCAAUGGGGCGCAAGGGCUUUGUUUGUGCCUGGAGAGAGGGCUCUGGGGAUGGAGAUGAGGAACGACGCGCCUUCAGACAAUGAGGCAUUCUGCCCUCCCGCUGCCAUAAUUCCUCUCCACGCAGAGCCCGAGCGGGUAGGAGAGGAGCGCCGGCGGCGCCCUGCCUGCUCAGCGCUCCCCUCUCGCGAACCCCCCCCUCCGGCCG